UGCAGGAGGUUGGGAAUUAUAGAAGUUGAUUAUUUUGGACUGCAGUUCACUGGCAGCAAAGGGGAGAACCUGUGGCUGAACUUGAGGAACAGGAUCUCCCAGCAGAUGGAUGGUUUAGCCCCGUAUCGAUUGAAAUUAAGAGUCAAGUUUUUUGUAGAGCCGCAUCUUAUCUUACAAGAACAGACAAGGCACAUGUUUUUCCUGCAUAUAAAAGAAGAUCUUCUUGCUGGUAAUCUUCAGUGUUCUUCAGAGCAUGCAAUUGAACUUAGUGCACUGUUGGCACAGAUGAAGUUUGGAGAUUAUAACCAGAACACUGCCAAGUACAACUAUGAAGAGUUGUGUGCAAAAGAGCUCACCACUACUAUUCUGGAGAGCAUUAUUGCAAAGCACAAGGAGCUAGAAGGUCUGAGUCAAGCUUCUGCAGAAUACCAGGUUCUACAGAUUGUUACAACCCUGGAGAACUAUGGGGUAGAGUGGCACUCGGUGAGAGACAGUGAAGGGCAAAAACUCCUUAUUGGUGUUGGACCUGAAGGCAUAUCCAUCUGUAAAGAUGACUUCAGUCCUAUCAACAGGAUUGCUUAUCCUGUUGUUCAAAUGGCAACUCAGUCUGGGAAGAAUGUGUAUCUAACUGUUACCAAGGAGUCUGGAAACAGUGUAGUUCUCUUGUUCAAGAUGAUCAGUACAAGGGCAGCGAGUGGACUCUACAGAGCAAUUACAGAGACACAUGCAUUUUACAGGUGUGACACUGUCACCAGUGCUGUCAUGAUGCAGUACAGUCGAGACUUAAAGGGCCACCUGGCAUCUCUAUUCCUGAAUGAAAACAUUAACCUGGGUAAAAAAUACGUCUUUGACAUUAAAAGAACAUCAAAAGAAGUUUACGACCACGCAAGGCGAGCUCUUUAUAAUGCUGGCAUUGUGGAUCUCGUUUCAAGAAGCGACCAAACCCCACCAAGUUCCCCCCUGAAGUCUUCAGAGAGCAGCAUGAACUGUGACAAUUGUGAGGGUCUCAGCUGCCAGCAGACGAAAGCUCUGCAGGAGAAGCUGCGGAAGCUGAAGGAGUCCAUGCUGUGUAUGGUGUGCUGUGGAGAAGAAAUAAAUUCCACCUUCUGUCCUUGUGGCCACACAGUCUGCUGCAAGACCUGCGCUGCCCAGUUACAGUCGUGUCCCGUGUGCAGGUCUCGCGUGGAGCAUGUCCAGCACGUGUACUUGCCAACCCACACCAGUCUCCUCAACCUGACUGUGAUAUGAUCAACGCACCCACUUUGAACCCAUCAUGGACUCUCUAAACUGCACUAAUAGAAAUGCAACCAUUGAUUGUGAAGAAGGCAAUCACUUGGCACCUCUCCACCAUCAAAAGCAAAAAUACUGCAUUUCUUACCAUGAAUAUUCCUCGUUCAGCAUGUCCAAAAUGGGUUGGGAUAGCUUUUGGGAGCAGAAGUGUACUUGUGUUACUUAAAAGGAGGACGAUGUGUAAGU